GGUACAAAAUAUUUAUGCUUUGCUUGAUGCUCAUAACCUUUACUAUUGCAUAUGCCCCUUUCUCUCAUAGAUCAAACCUUAAAAUCAGUAUAGGAUAAAACAUUGUUGAUAAAAAUUUUGUCUCAAAGUUCUCUUGCCAAUAUGGGACAGACUCUCGUGAAAUCCGGAAACGAGGAGAAAAAGGAUAAAGAAAUUGGACCUGUGCUUGAAGAAUGCUAUCACAAAUACUUUGUGAACACCAUGGAUUGGAGCUCAGCAGAUUUCCACCAUGCAAUUUGCCUAACAAUAGAGGAAAUCAACAAAACUAUAGGGAGCACUCAACUUAGGGUGCCUCAGAACAGCACACUCCAACAUGCAUACCAAAAACAUCACCAGUGCAAAGGAAAAACAUUGAGAAAAGAAGAGUUUGAAAAGAUCCUUAAAGAAGUGAUUCUUGACACAGGAGUUACAAACACAGGUGCAAAAGACUUGUUAUUCUAUCUGUUUGGAGUGCCAGCCACUGCCUUGUUCUUCAAGCUACGUUUGGCGCCAAAAUUAAUCCCAAAUGAUGUUUUUAUCUCUGUUAUUACAUCUGCAACUCUAAAAACUUACCCACCGGAUUAUUCUUCUGAUGCCGGGCCACCACCGGAAUCGGCAUGCGUGUCG